CAAAUGUAAUGCAACGGAUUUGUUUGAAGAAAGGUCACGGGCUUUCUUUUCUUAUUCAGGAUAUGCUAAACACAGGAAAAGCAACAGAAGACAACCGAUUGCAGGAAGAUAAUUUAUCAGACAGAGAAUGCUCUUGCGAAAAAUGUGAAGAACUGUGUGAACUUUUCGACAUAUUCGCCAGUCCAAGCACUGAUGUGAGCACUAGCGAUAAAGCGAUUGCUUUAAAUCUUUCUGGGCUGUGUCGAACAUCAGGUGUUUCCCCGGAAAGUAUUCAAAGUUGCGCAAAAGAUAUAAGGCUGAACCAAAGUCAAGCUUUGUCCUCGGCUCACCAUACACUUCUUUCAAAACGUCUACGAAAACUCACAAGCCAUGUGGCUGCUUACUAUUCGACAUUGCGAAGCAAGGAGUCAAAUAGCAGCUGUAUCAGAAGUAUACCUGCCGCAAGCUGCAGAAGAAGGUCUCAGAUCUCUCAAGAACUGGGAAAACAGAGGAAAAUCGGCAAUGCGUCCGCGGCAAACGUCAAUACAGAGUCGAGUUUGGAGGCGCAUAAUCCAUUUAAUGUCGCCCUUGGUAAAAGCGCAUUGAGUUUUGCCUUCAAUUUUCUCAAAAGGUGCUGGAGGUCCAACCAUGUCGAAGAUCAUCACAUGUGUGGUAGUCUGCUCCAUGACUGUCUGGAAGCAUUCGAGAGUAUCCCGGUGGCUUCUUUGUUUGGUCGGCACAAGGUUCAAGAACCAGUGAAUGGACCGCUUAUUGAGAUUGCCCAUCGCUCAAUUCAGUUUCUCGAAUCUUGUCUACAAGGGAAAAGUGAUGCUGUGAAUGGAACUGCAAGUGGGUGUGGGAGUGGACUGAAGGUUCCUCUCAGUGACAGAUGCCUGUGUGUUGCUGUGAGGAUGGAACUUGGUCUGCAGUUGGGAUCACUAGCAGACACUCUGAGAGUGAUUAAGUUCUUACUGCAACUGUGGAGUCAACGAGAGGAGAGAGAAGAGAGGUCAAAUGAGAACAUCAUUAGAAGUCAAGUGCAUACACAGCACACUAGUCCAGUUGGGAGUGCAACUGGCGAGGGAGAUCAAUGCCAGGGAUCGGAAAGUGCUCAAAGAGAAAGUCUGAACGAGCACACGACGACCAGAAGUCUUAAAGCUGCGCCACUUGCAAAACAGCUCAAGAGGUUCUCGAAUUCUCUCAGCCUACAGAAUCCGAAGUCACAUGGCAGUUUGGACCAGUCAGAGGAGUUUAUUUAUGGAGUUGAAGAUAUGACUGUGAGCGAAAUGUUCCUUUGCAAUUUCUCUCUGCCUGUCAAUGAAAACAGUAAUGACCUAUCCAGCAGAAACCAGCUAGUUCCAUUAAAUGAAGCCGCUUCAUACAUAGCGUGUCAUCUGGAUAUAUCUGCCAAUUAUUCACUGCCAAAAAACGCAACAACUGCAUCUGGUCAUCACAAUCCCGCAAAUGAUCUAAGUUUCGAUUACGAAGUGUUGAGCAGUGGCUCCUGCGAGGAAACUUCAGACGUAAGGGACUUCCUGCAAAGUGGCGAGAGAGUGUCUAGAUGCUGUGAGACUAAAAGUUACUCAUUCUUCCUCAUGCAAGACGGAUCUCUCUUCUGGCGUCGGAGGAACUCGCCAUUCGCUCUUACAAAACAGCAGACAAGCAACUUACCCACACUGUUGGAGGGUGGAUGUUGGAGUGAGUGUGAGGGGAGUGCAAAAGUGAGGACGGUGGGGGCGAAUGCGAUGAGUGAAGUGGAGGUCAUUGUGGUGCAAGAUGACGUCACUGGCACUCUCUACAUUGCCUAUCUGGCAUCUCCCUUAAGUGAGGCAAAUGAAAUGCGCGGAAAUAGAGUUGUGCAACAGCAGCAGCAUUGCAUCGAGGCAAGUUUUGUGUUGUACAGUGAAAGAGAGCAGGAAACACCACAAGGCCACGGCGCAGUGCAGAGCUUCUCUGUUGGGUGUGGUAAAGUGGUCGCAUGCACAGACAGAGGCGAGGUGUUACAGUGGGAUUUGUUUUCUGGAAGAGUUGAUUGGGGUCCUGGCAGACUGCAGAGACCCCCUCUGGAGCACAUCAGCUUAGGUUUGAAGACAGGAGAGGGAGUAGUGGGUGUGUCUGUGUGGGAUCACGCCUUGAUACAUCUCUCCAGUGGAACUGUGGUGUCAAUUUUUGAACAGGACAACGACUUUAUCCAAAAGAGAUUCAUCCAAUCUGACCACGAAGUUAAAUCAGUCCACGCAGGUCCCGGAGUUUCUUUUUUCAUCUCGAAGGCAGGAAAACUGUUUUCGUGGAGCGAGCAGAAUUCAGUGCUGAGUCUGCAGGGGUCGUCUAAUUCCCAGCCUAAACCAGUUGAAUGUCUGGCUCAUGUAAAUGUUGAAUCGAUCCAUAUUUCUCCGAACAGCUGUGCGGUUGUGACAGAGGACCAUGAAUGCUUACUGUGGGGUAGUAUUUCGUCGUAUUCCGGUAGACAAGUAGGAAACAAAUCACACUCUGCGAAACCUACCAACGUUAGGAGCAUCAUGACGAGCAAAGGCGACGAAAGAGGAACUCUUUCGGGAGUUCAUCUGUUUCUAGACCAGCUGAUAGUAGAAUUUGUGACAGAAAGUGAAGCACUGAGUUUAAGAGAACCUUUUGUGAUUCAAGUAGAUGCGGAGACUAUAGAACUGAUUGAGUGUGUUCUGAGGAGUUUGUACCAUAGUACCAGCGGAAGCAAUGAAGACUUGGUUCCGAAUGAGACAGAGGAAACUGUGACGGUAGCUCUGAUCAAUGUGCUCUCCUUGCAACUUUCCGUAACUUUGAGAAGCAAAAAAGAAAGUCAAGUUAAGACAUCGGACUUCUGCAAGCAGGUAGAGAAAGUUAAAGACAUGAUAUGCCAUUUUUCUUGGUCGCCAGACGUGAUUGAAAGUAUUCAAGAAGCUGCUCAAAAAUGCUUGCAAGAAUGUUGGCCGCUUCUUCUGCCUUCGUCACACGAGAGAAGCGAACUUUUGCUGCAAAUGCUGUUAGGACACAAAAAAGAUAUCAGUAACGCAGAGUUCUUAGUAGAUCUGCUGAUGGGAAGUCUGCUUGCAAAUGGAGAACUGGAAUCGGAUGUGAGACAGACAGUGACGUCAUUGCAUGAGAUGUUGAGGAAGAGAACUGUAACAGAGACGAAAACCACAGGUGUCGACAUAAUUCUUGAAACUGAGCUGGAAUCAGAACUAGAUGAGUUGUAUGACAGGAGUGGGAGCGGGCUAAAGUGGUCCGAGAAGAUAGUGAAAGAGACAUUGGUGCUGUUGGAUCCUCACAUCGUCCGUCUGAUGAGUCUCCUUGUAGACAUGAGAAACGGAGUGGCUUGUGACAAAAGUCUCCAAUUACUGAGCAGUUUUGUUCGUCUUUUGUUUCACAUGCUGCUGGAGCACAGCUUUUCUGUAGAGCGAAAAACAAAAAUGCACAGUGAAAAUUUAAAAAUGAUAUGCUGGUCACUGAUUAUGCACUUGGCAAAUGAACUAAUUGCAAGUAGUUAUAAUACUCUGAAAGCUUGCUUUGAGAAAUGCAAGAGCGAUGAAGAUGCAAUUGAAGGCAACUUGGCGAAAGAUUUGCAAAAAGAGCCGAACCUGAUUUUACUGCGAGAAGUUCUUCUGACUAUCACGACAGUCCUGCGUCCUAGUGGAAUGACCCUUUCGAAUGAGUUCAUGUCAUUUGUUCAAGGCUUAGCUGAAGUGUUGGCUAAAUUGAACCAUAAGCUCUCAUCUAGUCAUGGAUCUAAUUGCAGCGGCUUGGAGUACAGUGAAUUGUCUGAGUGCUUGGACAUAUUCGAUGGUCAGAAAGAUGCUCUCUCUCUUUUGCCGCUGAGUGAGCUUCCAAGAAUAGCAGACAGCGAUCUACACAACCAUAAUGUAAUGGCUGGUGAAAAUAAUAAGUGGGUAGUGAUUGGAAAGAUUGUCUAUGAAACGAGAUGGCUCUCGGAGAGCGAGCGGGAUCUUUUUAGAGACUUCAUGGAAUCACAAACACAAUCUGAAUCUGCUCAGAGUCACAGUGAAAAAGAAGUGCCCGAGAAAGUUCUGAAGAUGCUACAACCUCAUAUUCGAGGAAAGCUGACUGACAAAGCGAGGAGUCAGUUUUCGCAUGUUAAAUCAGAUCAAUUGUCUCCAUUUAUCGACCUUGAGCAGUUGACUAACUUCUUAAUAGGAUACUCAAGUACCUUGAACAACUCUCACCCAUCAGUUAACGAUGAUACCAAAUCGGAGAACGCGGAGUGGGCGUUACGACUGGCUCACUUCGGACUCAGAUGGAGAAAGCAAGAGCUAGCAAGUAGCCUUAAGGGACUGAAAAAGAGACAACCAGAUGUUGUAUCGGUGCUAGGUUUCGCCCAAAACGUAUGCGAAAAAGUUGAGCAAAAUGUAGACAGAUUUGUUGAAAUUAUGCUAAGAAGUGACCGAAUGAAAGACCAGAAGCAUGCUGAUGAAUGUGAGACAAGAGUCUCGUUGUUCCUCGACAGGUUCUGGGAGGACUGCAAAAGACAGAUGAACUGUAUCAAGUUGGAAUCGGGACAUGCUCUUGAGGAGCUGUCAUUGAUUCUUCUGACACUGAUAUUGAAACAUGAAGGACUCUUGCCAGGUGUGCUGAGAGAAGAAAAACCUCUGUCAAACUUCAGACUGAAAGAAAUUGCGAAAAAAUUGACUGCAUUCCGAGUAGCCGUGAUCAAAUUGCACCAGGAGAACCCCCAAGUAUCUUAUAAGGAACUAUGUGCUCCAUUUUUUACUAGAUGUCUUUUUCUCUUGCGUACAAUACGACCUGCAUUUCUGGUCAAAGUACAAAAAGAUGUCGUAGCUAACAACUCAGUUUCAAAUAUAAGUAACAAAUGGCUGGUCGCGUUGCGGAAAAUCAAUGGUCAGAGGAGCUCUUCAGUUUUUGCAACUAAGCCAAAAUUUCCGGCUAUGAAUUGCCUUCAAGGAAGUGCAGAAGUUUCUGCAGACAUAAGCAAACUGAUUCUGACCUUUGUCAAUGAGGGUCCUGCAAUUAGUGACCUGAGGACGCUGGAAGUGCAAAUGGACUUAUUGUGGGAAGAACAUAAUGAUGAACACAGACGGUUGGAUUCACUUGUCAGCUACGUUGAGGACAAUAUCUGUGCUCUGACGAAAGAUUAUCCCUUUUUGUCGAGGGAAACCGCCUUGUACCUUGGCCUAGCUUGCGGCUUAAAGGGAACAGCUAUUUGUUCGCGCGAUAUGGAAAAAACAGCACUCGGAGUGCGAGAGGAGAUAAUUAUGUCGGCUCUGCAUUCUGUUACAGGUGAUGUGGUACUCAACAGAGUGAGUGAUGUGCUUCUGAGACAGCUAAACUGUACUGUUGGACAGUUUGAGAGAGAAUUGAAACAGAGACAGCUAAUCAGUCCCAGCAUCACUAGCAUGCAAGGAGUGACCUCGCAACAGCAGAUUUACGCUCUAGUUGCUAACAAAUACGCCAGGCCCAUCAGCCAGCUACUGCAUGUGAUCUGCAGCCUCCCGCUCAGUGGGUGGUCCGGGAAACAUCCCGGAGAACCUCAACUCAAUUCGAUUGGAUCCAAUCUUAGUCUCGUAGACUGUGGUGCUGUGAGUUCUCUCAUACGCCUUAAACAUCUUUUUGGGCCCCUGUGUCCGUCAGAAGCCCUUGAUAGCGGCUGUGAACUGGGGGCAGAUAAAGCAGCAGCAGUUAUGGACUCGAACUGUGUUUAUUUCGAAGAAGACAACGAAGAGCAAACAAAGAGCGAAAGUGGCCACAGCAGUGCAAGAAGGAGAAAGACAACAAUAGCUGCUUACGAGAAAGAUCAAAAGGAAAUGCCAACUGGCAAAGACAUGCUCAAGUACAUGAAACCAGGCACUCGAGUUGUGCGAGGUCCAGACUGGAAGUGGGAGGAACAGGAUCAGCCGUUCGGGGAAGGAACUGUGGUAGAGGGAGUGAGUUCAAACGGAUGGCUCAAAGUCAGAUGGGGACCACCUCCAGCAGCUUCGCGAUCUUCAGGACCAACAUCAGCUCAAUCGUUUUCAUUCCCAGACGAUGCAAUGACGACGCAGCAACUAAUGGAGCCAGUGAUGCUGUUGGAAAGGGUAGGAGGAGGUUCUGGAAAUGGAACUGCACUCCUGGCCGCGGAAAAGAAAGUGAACUCAUACAGGAUGGGAAAAGACAAUAUGUAUGACUUGAUGAUCUCGCCAUCAUACUGGCGUAACUUAUGCGGACUGAACGCCUCUGAUAGGACAGGAGCUUCAAAAGCUGAAGUAUCCUCUAAGUUGAAAGCGAAUGAAUUUGACUCGAAAUGUGUUGGCAGGAAUCCAGCGGAGAAGAUAGUGUCCGCUUUUGAGACUUGUAUAGCGGCCUGGACAUUGGACUUAUGUGCAUCUAGAGCACCAUCAAAAUCUGGCGCCAUCAGCGAGUGUUGUUCGAGGAAUAUAGUAAAUUUGCUCAUUUAUGCUCUGCGACAAAUUGUCUGCGAGAAAGAUGAUGUCGCGAAUUCAACUGAAAAAGUGAACGACAAAACAAAUCAUGAAAUGAACCGAACCGACCCUUUGAAUUUGCUACACAUUCUGUUCUCAUUCAACACGCGCAUUAGCAGAAAAUUCGGAGGCAGAGUCAUCCCUGUUCUGCUCCAACUUAUUUCCACUGAUGCAGAAAAAUUCUCAACGGGGUAUAAAAUACGUGCAAUCAAAACGUUGAAAACUAUUUGCAUAGAUAACCAUACCUCUGAGAACGCUUCUUGUGACUCAAAAUUGAUCGACGAAAUUGUAUCAAUGAUCAAAUCAUAUGUCGGAAAAGUAUCUGAGCAGCAAGCCGAAAUGGGAGCUAAAGUUUCCUCGACCGACUCGAAAAUCAAACCCAGUGAUUCGGCAACUCCUGCAAGUGCCGUGUGUGAUCAGCUCAUAGAACUCCUGAUCUCGAUUCAGAAUUGCAACGAAACAAGCAGGCAAGUCAUCAAUGAGCUCGUUCUGAACAGUCUUCAGAAAAUACUAGCCUUCUUUUCACUCCCUCAGGAAAGCGAAGGAAACUUGGACGAAGAGGGAAGUCUGAGAAGGAGUUCCACUGUGAGUUUUAGAUCCAGUUUUGACGAUCCGGCAGAAGAGUCGCAGUUCCUCGAAAUGGUAGCAUUUCUGUCCCUCAUUCUGGGCCAAAGUGACCCUAGACCUCAACUGGGUUCCCAAGUUACUGAUGCUGAAUUGGGUCAAUGUGAGGUGACUGCCGUUACGCAAUCGGGAUACCUGAUCAGCCGUUCCAGCGAUGGCGUUAUGAGCACGUGUAAAAGUGGAGAUAUUCAGAAGACACCUCCUCUAUUUAAUCUGCCCAGUCUCUGUUCAUCUCAAAAUGCGCUGUUGCUCUUGAACAACCUGUUUGCGCUCUCUGUUUUCCAAGGACGCAAUGUGUCCGAAGCGCCUAACAAUGACGGAAAAGUAAACAGAUAUGAUGUCCUAGCCACGCAAGUGGAAUCGAUGCUAAUCAAUAUGUUGCGCCUUGUUUCAAAAGACAAAGAAGUACUGAAGUCUAUUCUACUUUUAAAUGGUGGUGAAAGCUCAGGCGAGACAACUUGUGGGAUUGAUUUUAAGCGAAUGUUGCAAACAGCAACCAAACCAUCUCCGUUAAAGCAAAUUUUCGACAUCGAUCAAGUGCAAAAUGCCAUCGGACUGACUACCCAUUUUCUGUUGAAUCCAGUUGAGAUUCCUCUCAAAUCAGAAAGGGAACCGUAUGGGUCAUCUGAAGCUGACUCAGCUGGGCCGUCAGAUCCGCAUCUAGACGCGAUGGAGGAGUUCCUCCAAGAGUUAGAGACCGAAACCCCCUCAUCUGGAAUAGGAACUAUGGCACCUUCCACUUCAAACCUGAGAGAUAGCAGAUCAUCUCAUCCCUGGUUGCCCUCUAUGUCUAGCGAGGGUUUCGGAGUGGAACAGCUGAUGCCGAGAGCUAAAUUGAGUAACAGGAGAGUUGAGACUGCAGUAUCGCCACCAUCUCCAGUACAUGAAAUAGAAACGCUAGUCGCACAGGGAAUAGAAAUGGGAUUCGAACGAUCGCACGUGGAAUUGGCUGUUCAUUCGCUGACUCAAGCAAGUAGUAUUGAGGGAUAUCGACCGCGUAUUGAAGCAGUGGUUAGUUGGCUGGUGGAAAAUCCUAGAGAGCCAGGAAAUCAGGCGAAUGACGAGGUAGAAGUGAGCUCAGAUGCUUCCACCAUGCAGAUUGGCGACGUCGAUAGAUUGAACUCUACUGAAGAGGAGAUAGACAGCUUGGUAGAGAGAAUGAGCGAGACACUGCAAAGGACUACCAAUUUGACAGAAAUAUUCACAGAACUGAGAGAGACCUUAAGGAACCAGUCGCUGGGUUCUACUGACGCAGUAGCUGGUACCGACUGGAAUAGCGAUGACGAUUCGUCUGUCAAUUCGUCUGACGAAGCAAGUGUAUCUUUAGAGGCAAAUGCAACAGAACAAGACCAAACAGCAAGCCUGGAAACAGAAAGAGAAACUGAGAGAUCUGUUUGUUCUCCUCUUGUGUGCACUCCAAACAGUGAAUCAAUAGCUUCAGCAGAUCCAAGUCAGAUAUCUCCUCCACAACAAGGAAGCUCACACGAGAACAGUGCUGGAUUCAAGACGAGACAGGACUUCGUGACUAAUGGAGACUACGCUAUUUAUGUUAGGGAGCAUAUACAAGUAGGCAUGCAGGUCAAAUGCUGUAAGACUUUCGAAGAAGUAUAUGAAGGCGAUGUUGGCACUGCUGUUAAACUGGACAGAGACGGACUUCAUGAGUUGAACGUAAAUGUGGACUGGAAACAAAAAGGUGGAAAUUAUUGGGUACGAUACAUACACGUUGAACUGCUGGGAUUUCCACCAUCAGAACAAGAACCACAGUCGGAAUCGAUUCAGUCAUUGGGAAGAGGUCUUCGAAAGGGGAAUGCUAGUGUCCCAUCUGUUUCCCCUAUGAGUGGUGGAGCGCAAGCAGCUUCCAUUGUUAUGGACUCCUGUGGUGAGAGGGCGGUUCAUUCCGAGAUAGUUUCCUCCGAAGUGGCUUUCAAGAUCGGCCAACUCGUGAGAGUAAAACCGACAGUGGACAGACCUAGAUAUAAAUGGGGUAAUGUAAAACGGGGCUCUGUAGGGGUUGUAGCAGGUAUCAAGAAGGGAGAUGUCAUUGUUGAUUUCCCCGAACAGCCCAGAUGGCAUGGUCUAAUGAAAGAAUUGGAACCUGUGUCUAAUGAUGAGAACGGUUUGAAUGGGAGUGAUAACGUCAGAAGCAGGCCUUCAAACUCAUGCUUGUGUUGUGCGUCUUCUGGAAGUAAUACGACAGCUGGAGGUGGAAACGAAACAGCUCUCAUUGAUGCCUUGAGGUUGCCAUGUUCACAAUGUCCUUGCCAUAAAGAUACUGGAAGUUCAAACAGCGAUGGAAGUACAAGUGUGGUGGACCCGCUGGGUUCUCUUCGCAAAUUCCUUGCUCCAACAGCUUCGAGUGCAUGUGCAGAAAAGGCUUCGAAAGAAACAGUUGGCUCUCAAAAUGACAGAAGAAAGACAACUAAUGGAGGUCUGAUUAGUGAUUGGAAGCAGUGCAUACGCUGCGUAAAGGUGAGCAGCAAACCAGACAUGGCCAUGAACAUGUUCUCAUCAGAUAGAAAACAGUUUUGGCAGAGUAGUGGUCAACAAGGAAACCAUUGGAUUCUACUGGAGAUGAAACCAGACAUUUUGCUGCAUAGGUUGAGCAUCGAGUGUGACUUUGAGGCAUCUUCCAGUUACAGACCAAAAGUUGUGGUGGUGAGUGUGGGUAACGAGUCUUCGAGUGCAGAAAGAAUGCAGGUUGCGAGACAGGUCAAUCUGAACGACAGUGACAGCAGAGAGGUUCUCCUGCUAGCCGAUGUAGCCAGCUAUUAUCGCUAUGUCCGAGUGGCCAUCACUGAAUGCGCGAGCAGUGGCAUGGACUGCAGAGUACACGGUCUGCGAUUCAUCGGCAGGAUCAGAAACAGUCGAGGUAGUGACAGAGAAGAUAACGGAGCAUGCUACCCUUUCUUGGCCGCGGACACUUCGAUCACUGAAGAUGAUGACGAGGAUCAUUGUCCUAGCAGUGCGUCGGAGGACCCGACUGCCGAUGUUAUUGGUGACUCGGUCGACAAAUUCAAGUGCACUGUGUAUACAUGGGGCUUAAACGACAAGGGGCAAUUGGGAAUGCCGGGCGAACUGAAAGUGAAGUACCCAGCAUUUAACCCGUCGUUGAGCAGGCUGGACGUCAUGCAAAUAGUGGGAGGAUCAAAGAGUCUUUUUGUUGUAACUCGUGAUGGAAAACUGUAUGCAAGUGGAGACUCUUCUAAUGGAAGACUUGGGUUGGGAGACAUCCUCGAAGGUCAAUUGGUGACCUCCCCGACUCUUGUGAGCUCAGUCACUAAUCACGUGAUUAAAAAGGUUGCAGUGAGCUGUGGAGGUAAACACAGUCUAGCUUUGACAAGCGAGGGCAACGUGUUUUCAUGGGGAGACAAUACAGAUGGCAAAUUGGGCCAUAAUAAUCGAGUGAGUUGCUACACCCCCAAAUUAAUCGAGGCGUUCUGGGGCGAGAGGAUCAAGGAUAUAUGUUGUGGCAGUGGACACAGUGCGGCCAUCAAUGUGCAGGGAGCCCUGUACACCUGGGGUCUGGGUGAAUACGGGAGAUUGGGACAUGGAGCAACCACUCAGUCAAUUCUGAAGCCAAAGAAAGUACAGUUCCUACAACAUUGCAGAGUCGCACAGGUUGCGUGUGGCAGUAGAGACGCGCAGAUGAUGGCCUUGACUGAAGACGGAAGAGUUUUCACGUGGGGUGACGGAGACUACGGCAAACUAGGACACGGAGACUCGACUGCUUACUCCACCCCACAAUUACUUGUCAAUUCGCCCCUGGUUAACACGACGAACCAGCGGAUAGUGCAGAUAGCUUGUGGGGCUCAGUUCUCACUCGCGCUAGAUGACAAGGGAUUUGUGUGGACUUGGGGUAAGGGAGACUACCACAGACUGGGUCAUGGGGAGGACACACACGAGAGGAGUCCCCGCAAAGUGGCCUCUCUGGGGAGCAACACGAGUGGAGGCAGAGUGGUGAAAGUGGCAGUGGGUGCCUUGCACUGUCUGGCCUUAACCCAAUCUGGCCAGCUGUUCGCCUGGGGAGACAACGACCAUUACCAACAGGGAAACUCAACUCACUCCUCAAAUGCACUGCCUACUAAGGUGUUCGGCAUGACAGACGACGUGAGAGUGACUGACAUAGCAUGUGGAUCCUCGCACAGUAUCGCCUGGGCCCUGGACAACAGACCUGCAUUCCCCGCACUCCUCCAACCAGUCCCAUUCCCACUGGAAAAAGACCCACUAGGAGUAUCUGCUCUAGGAAGUAGUUUGUGGGCCCUUGGACUAGAGGAAGAAACCGCACGACAAAAUGGAACCUCUUCUGGAACUCCCACUAUCCCAGCCUACUCUUCAUCUUCUUCUGUGACGUCAUUUGUGAAGAGAGGAGUGAUGCAACCACCUAGCCUUUCAAAGAUACUUCUAUCUAUACGAUCUGAUCAGGACAGAAUGCGAGCCGUAAGACAAGUCAUGCAAGCUCUAAAGAUUCUCUUUUGCAGGGAGGCUGUACUCAGUGCACUUCAGACCUCUAACAGUCCAGAGCAUCACCAUGAGAUCUCGGUAUCAAAUACUAAUGAGAAUAAUGGAAGUAAAUCUGUGGAAGUUGAUGUAGUAGAAGAUGCGGUAAUUGAGGUGGAACCCACAGAUCAGGCUGGAGUGAAAGAGGAAGAAAAGAAAUUGAAAAUGUUGGAAACGAUCGCAGAUAUGCAACCAGAAACUAUAACGAGUGUGGAUCAACUUGGAGUGUCGUCACCGACUUCGGCAUCAGUGGGGCUUCUAACAUCCAAUUCGAGUAGAGUGCGUCUCAUGUCAUCUAUGUCAGGAACUAAUGACUUUAUGAUGGACAACUUUGCACAACUGGUGUCCAGGGAAAGUCAGGGUCUGAUGAAUUUAUUGCGCAUGGCGAUUCCCUCGCCCGCUUGUUGUUCCUCAAGAGGCAUUCUGACCCGUUUCUUAUCCAUGCUGGCAAAGAAAAACAUGACUGUGGCGGACUCAGUUGUAGACGUCUGUGUAUCUAUACUUGAUGAAAUAGUCGCCAAUUCGCCUGAGAUAUCGAGUGAUGUUCGUAACAGUGGCAGUGUCUUAAUGCAACCGGUGCUCCAAGAGUCUGACCAUCCGUACCGCUCAAAUAGCCAGGCCGUGGGUGCUGUUACUAUUCCAGGAGCCAGAUUUCUCCGAAUUCAGUUUGACACCAAGUGUCGUACAGAACCGAACUUGGACGUGCUGACGUUGAUGGACGGCGAGAAUAACGUGAUUGAACAACUGUCUGGCAGGAACUACAAAGAUUGGAAUGAGGAGAUUUGUAUUAUCGGGGAUACUGUUAAGUGGAGAUUUUCAGCAUCUAGUACCAAUACCUCUCUGCACAAAAGCCAUGGUGCAUGUAAUAUUACGGAGGGUUCGACUUCAGACGAAAUCAGUAGAUGGGGGUGGUGUUUUAUGGUUUUUCCAUCCGGUGCCACCUGUGAAUCAGCAAAUGCAACUGGCGCUGAUGGAAAAAAUGGGGCUGGUGUGUUAAUGGGGAACCCAAAUGACCUUCUUUUGAGUGACAAGCAGGCGCUGAGGCAGCCUUGCUUCGAAGUUGUGCGUGAGAUGCUAGACCGGGGAUGUCUAAAUGUUCAACUGGUUGACUCGAAUCUCGUGGCGAAACUGGCCCUUGCUCUGGCUUCUUGUGCCCAAUUGUCAUGUCUAGGUUCCUCACAUCGUUUGUGGGCACUCAGGAAUCUCAGACGGCUCAUAAAUCAAAGCGAGGAGCUCAGAAGAGCAGUGCAACUAAUUGUACAUGGGGACAAAACAGAAACUGAUUCGGGGGUAAUGUUAACAUUGAAUAGCGAAGUUGGAGAAACCGAUGUUCUGAGCAACGUGGGUGCGGCUAUGAAUGUGUUGUCACAUGCCAAUUGUUCAUCCUUACAGGCCCUGGUUAAAGCACUUCCAAAUGCCUUGUUGCGACAAUAUGAAUACGAGGAUCCAAAGAUAAAAGACGGAAAACAUCUCAUGCACAGCGCCUAUUUUAAGGAGCUGUUGUCCUUGGCGGCUGAAAUAGAGUUAGACAACUCUGCCCUAUGUGUUCACAAAUGGGUGUGGCUGAAGAGGUUUGCCACCGCCCACAGGGCAGCACACACUCUCUGCGGUGAGAGGGACAAGAAUCCACCCUUUUCUUCCCAGUUCUUGGCAGACGUCAGAAGAAAGGUUGAGGAGUUGAACGUGUGGGACUCUGAAGAGGAAGAUGAUGACGAUGAAUCGGAAAGGAAGAAGCAUUUAGACUAUGAAGACAACUCAAACUUCUCGCUCAAGCACGACGAACUGCUAGUCCACUGGGCAAACAGACGACCAGAGGACUGGCGUUCACUCUCCUCUGGCGUACAGGGCGGAAUAGGCACUGUGUUCGGGUGGGGUCAUAACCACAGAGGUCAACUGGGAGGAGUGGAGGGGUCAAAGGUGAAGGAACCAACAGUGUGUGAGGCCGUUUCUGCACUCAGACCUGUUCAGAUUCAAGGCGGAGAACAGACUCUGUUUUGUGUCACAGGCGACGGAAAGGUGUACGUUAGUGGCUUCGGAGCCAACGGACGUCUGGGCCUGGGCCAGAGUGAGUCAGUAGGAGUGCCAACUUUACUGGACUCUAUCCAACACACCCACAUCACAAAGGUGGCAGUGAACUCUGGAGGUAGACACACCCUCGCUCUCUCGUCCGACGGGGAGUUGUUCUCAUGGGGGGAGCCAGAUGAUGGGAAGUUGGGACAUGGCAAUGCGAUUGCUGCAUGCGAUAAACCACGCAUCAUCGAAAAACUCAGAGGAGUGGUUGUUGUGGACAUUGCGUGCGGUGGUUCACACAGCGGUUGCAUAGAUGAGCACGGCCAACUCUACACCUGGGGCAAAGGAAGGUACGGCAGGCUGGGUCACGGAGACAGCGACGACCAAUACAGACCGAAACAGGUGGAAGCUUUGAAUGGCUUCAAAGUAGUUCAAGUGGCGUGUGGCAGUGGAGAUGCACAGACCAUCUGCAUCACAGAUGACGACUCAGUCUGGUCAUGGGGCGAUGGGGACUACGGCAAACUGGGCAGAGGCGGCUCAGAUGGGUGCAAGACUCCGCAGAAGAUAGACUCACUUAGUGGAGCUGGAAUCAUCAAGGUCGAAUGUGGCUCUCAGUUUUCGGUUGCACUCUCAAGCUACGGAUCAGUAUACACAUGGGGCAAAGGCGAUUACCACAGACUGGGCCAUGGAACAGACGAGCACGUGCGCAAACCAAAAAAAGUGGCCGCACUUGGAGGCAAGAAGAUCAUAGAUGUGGCCACUGGGUCUCUACAUUGUAUUGCAGUGAGCAGCUGUGGUCAAGUGUUCACGUGGGGAGACAAUGACGAAGGACAGCAGGGGGAUGGCACUACAAAUGCAGUCCAGAGACCCAGACCAGUCACGUUCCUACAAGGAAAGAACAUGAACAAGAUCUCAAGUGGAUCUGCACAUUCUCUGGCUUGGUCCACGGGUAAGACGAGCAAGGAGAGACAGGUGGAGAUGCCACAGGAGAUCCCACUGGAGUACAGUCUCCUGCAGAGUGUGCGCGGUGGCAUGGCUGCUCUCUGUGGCCGACUGAUUCUAUUGCACCAUCUCAGUGACCUCUUCUGUGGAUGUCUCCACAUGCUAGACCUCACUCCCCCAUCUCCCCUCGGAUCCCUCAGAGGGGUACUUCUGAGUUCGGGAAAAGAGAUGGCAUUUAAGAAGGUGGUCCAGAGUACAAUGGUCAGAGAUAAGCAUCAUGGGCCAGUGCUGGAACUGAACAGGAUGUUGCUGAAGAAUAAAAAGUUCUCAGAGUCCACAGCAGCAGAAUUGAACUUUUCCUCGUCAUCUGGAAGUCUCCAUGGAACUUCAGGGAGUGUGCUGGAUGUACUGGCCUCGAAAACUGUGUUCGCACAGGCAUCUCAAAGUGUAGUGCAUUAUGGCCAAGCGGACUCACUGUUUCUGCCGCAUAGAGCGUGGAAGGUGAAAUUUGUGGGCGAAAGUGUAGAUGACUGUGGGGGAGGGUACAGCGAAUCAAUUGCUGAGAUGUGCGAAGAACUCACGGAGGGAGAGAGACGUCUGUUCCUACCCCUGUUCAUAGACACACCCAAUGCUAGACAUCAAGCAUUGGGAAUGGGCAUUGAUGCCGGCUCCAGUCAGGACGACUGUCUGUUGCUUAACCCCUCACCUUUGCUCAAAAAGAGGACCCAGUACCUGCGUUUUCUGGGCAUCCUGAUGGGAAUUGCCAUCCGAACUGGAAGCCCUCUUUCUCUCUCUUUGGCUGAGCCCAUGUGGAAGCUACUUGCAGGCAUGCCGUUACAACUGGCAGACCUCACGGAGAUGGAUAAGAGCUUCCUGCCCAGUCUUAUGUACCUGCGGAAUCUAGCUGAGGCGGAAGAAAAAGAGAGUCACCAAGGUUGGUCAGGUGACUCAUCUGGAGUGAGUGAGUUGGAUAGCCUGGAGAUGGCCUUCACAGUGGACAGCUGCACUGGCCAAUCACACAGACUCCAGUCCCCAUCCAGUCAUGAUAGAGUGACGAAGGAUAAUCUGCCACAGUACAUAGCACAGGCCAUACACUACAGGUUGCAUGAGUUCGACGAAUGUGUGGGAGUCGUGAGAGAGGGAAUGGCUCGGGUCAUCCCAGUCUCCCUACUCUCCCUCUUCACCCCACAGGAAAUGGAGACACAAGUAUGUGGUCGCCCGGAGAUAUCAGUGUCACUGCUACGCUCAGUCGCAUCGUACAAAGGAGUGUCCGCAAAUGCGCCUUUGGUGAAGUGGUUCUGGGAAUUAAUGGAGGAAGAGUUUUCAGACAGGGAGAGAUCUCUAUUUCUGCGAUUUGUAUGGGGAAGGACUAGGCUCCCACGGACAAUUGCCGACUUCAGGGGCAGAGACUUCGUCAUACAGGUCUUGGACAAAUUCCAACCUGCGGACUACUAUCUGCCAGAGUCCUACACAUGUUUCUUCCUGCUGAAACUACCAGAAUACUCCUGCAAGCCAGUGUUGGCAGAGAAACUGAAGUACGCCAUCCACUUCUGCAAGUCCAUUGACUCGGACGAAUACGCAAGAAUAGCCAUGCCACCUGAACAGCACCACAAUGAGUCACCGCAGGUUCAAUCACAAGGGACAGGAGCUGUCAGGUCAACGACUCAGUGGAGGCAGCAGUGGCCAGAGAGAGCUACUCUGGUGUCAGUCGAAGGAGUCAGCACCAGAGGCCAAUACCAUUACUCAGCUAGCAGAAGAACAGACAACACUGCUAAUACACCUCCCUCUUCCUUUACGCCGCCUUCUCAUUCGUCUUCCAGUGCAACUGGAAUGUCUGCACGAGGAAUGAUAUCAUCCACAUCUCCAGGUGGAGGAGCAGUGUCUAUAUCCCUCGAGGAACAUCAACAGAUGAGUGAAGAAUUUGAAUUCCGCAGACCAGUGACUGGGGCUACAUUCGAGAGUCUGCUAAGAGGCAGGGUUCACCUGCCAGACCCGCCCUCGAAUCAUCGACAACAUCACCAGGCGCAACAAGAAGAGGAAGAGGAGUAGAAAUUUAGAAAGCAAAACUAAAUUAACUCUUGGUUCACCAGCUACUGAAACUCACAACUGAAUUCGAACCAAACCAGCUGUACUCAUUAUUCAAAAUUUCCAGGAAUUUAUCAUUCUUAUGAAAAGUGCAUUGGACAGAGUCACGCACCGCAAAGCGACAGGUUACUUUUCGGAACUGAAGAUAAUUUUUGAGAGCUAUACGCUGCGUAUGUCCAUUGCUUUCUAUUUUGUACAAUAGAUAUAGUUAAUAAAACAAAAAUUAUGAAUUUAGAUUUAUUAACGUCA